AUGUCAACCAAAAAGCGUGACCAAAAGGCCCAAAUAAAGUCACCUUCAAAGGUGAAAUUUUCUACUAAAUUUCCAACACUUCUGUCUGCUCAUGGCGAUCGCUUGGCACACUUUAUAAAGUGUGCCAAGAGGUUGGCAAGGAACUGCCCUGAAGCGGCAGCAAUUCAGAAGAUCACCUUCGCCUUGAUGCUAGGCGUAGAAGAGAUUCUCCAGCAAGGCCCAGUGGGACUGGGCCUUGGCGGCUGGGACUUCUCUAAGCUAGACUCUAGUGAAGACUCUUAUGAACGCUGAUAUAGUAUCGCAGAGGAGAUCUACAAGACGCUUAAAUCAAAGUGGGGAGCUAACAGAACUGAGUUAUUCAAGCACUAUAAAGAAAUAUGGGUGUUUCUAAAUCGAAGUGAUUCCAAAUGGCUCAGAGAGAAGAUCCUACUGGGACAAGUAAAGGCAACAGAUAUUGUACGUUGGGACAAGAAAGAUUUCCAAAGCGAGCAAGAGAAAAAGAGACUAGAAAUGCAAGAAGAGAAAUUUAUCCAAGAGGAAGAAAAAAUUGUCAUAAAGACUCACAAAGGCGAGGAAGAGAUUAAUACAGAAGAGAAAGAUGAGCUUGACCAAAAUGAGAAUGAAACUACUAUCGUUACCAAAUUCGCCCAAUCUGUCCGCAAAGUCAAGGAGGACACUAUUGACUCAGAAGAGAAGGCAAAGCCAUCCAUAAAAAUCAGGGAAGAAGAAAGAUCAGCAUUUGAUACUGACUCAGAUGAGACUAACGACCAAAGCAAGGACUAAAUUCCUCAC